AUGGGCGACGACCCCGUGCAGUGGAGCAACUACUAUCAGAAAUGGGAGGAGGAGGAGGAGGAGACUGGGGAGAAUGGGGAGAAGCAGCCAGAUUCAGAGAUCAAGCUGGAGCCCACCAGGAACCACGUCUCCUUCCAGGACAUGAUGAAAAAGCUCUUCAGCUCCCACAGGUUUCAGAUCGUGGUUGUCUGCUUGGUCAUCCUGGAUGCCUUGUUGGUUCUUGGGGAAUUGCUUAUGGACUUGAAAAUCAUCCAUCCGGACAAAUAUAAUAUAACCCCAAAGGUUUUCCACUACCUCUCCCUUUCCAUUUUAACUAUCUUCCUGGUUGAGGUGGGGUUUAAAGUCUUCAUCUACCGCCGGGAGUUCUUCCACCACAAGUUCGAAGUGCUGGACGGGAUCAUCGUCAUUGUGUCGUUCAUCCUCGAUGUCGUCCUCAUCUUCCGGGAGCACGAGUUUGAAGCUGUCGGGCUCCUGAUACUGCUGCGGCUGUGGCGAGUGGCCAGGAUCAUCAACGGAAUAAUUUUAUCGGUCAAGACCCGCUCUGAACAACAAGUGUGCAAGCUAAAGCAAGUAAACCUGAAACUUGCAGCAAAGGUUGAACAACUGGAACUCAGCUGUGUAGAGAAGGAGCAAGAAAUUGAGAGGCUUAACAAGAUAUUAAAACAGCAUGGACUCAUCAGCGAGCAAAAAUAGGAGGCCAGUUUUCUGAGGUGGGAAGUCUGCCCUGGAGAGCGCAGUGUUGAAAUCUACCAGUUUGACCUGAAAGGUUUUCCUGUCUCUUGGCUUUCUCUUGUAUAGUGUUGUCUGUAAACAUUUUUCUAUUUGACCACAUGUUGAUUAGAUCUUGGGAUUGCAAAAAGAGGUUUGCUGGAAAAUUAAUCACGCGUACUCCCUGUAAACAGUGAUUUCAUUAAGACCUUUCUUGUACAGUUGUACAGUCAAAACUGCAAAAUAAUUUAAUAAAGACGCAUCUUUACAAGCU